UGUCCGCGCCACCUCCUGGACACCAGCUCCAUAUCGGGGGAGAAGAGAAAGUGGUGUGUGUGUGUGUAGAUAAGGCGAAGCAGCAACGGCGGAGAUCCCAGGCUCUCCCUCUCUCUCUCAGCUCCCAGCUCCUCUCUAAGCCCCCGCUCUCUUGUUCCAGUAUAUAUUGUCAGUAUUUGGUAUCUGUGUGAUUGCAGUUUGGCCGCGCUGAGGCGGCAGCCCGCGGGCAAUGGCUCUCCGAGCCGGCUGGCAAGCGAUCCUCGGCUGCCUGCUCACCGCCGCUUCGGCCGAGAUCUCUAAGGAGGGCGGCUGCAAAGUGAAGACGGUGACCGUGUCCACGCUGCCCGUGCUCCGGGAGAACGACAUCAGCUUCCACGGGGCGCUGGCCACUGAAUCCAAGCUCUUCCUCUUCGUCCGGAAUGACCUGCCGGGAGAGAUCCUGGUGGUAGACGACCUGGAGAACACAGAGUUACCUUACUUCACCCUGGAAAUGACUGGAACGGUUGCUGAUAUCUCUUUGGUCCACUGGAAGCAGCAAUGGCUGGAGAAUGGUACCUUGUAUUUCCAUGUCUCCAUGAGUAAUGCUGAGCACCUUUCUCAGAUAACUCCACCAACUCUGCGGGAGCCCUCCGAGAUUGUGGAUGAACAGAUGCAUGUCCUUCAUGUCUCAGUCAUGGGAGGUCUGAUUGCUCUGCUGCUGCUCAUCUUAAUCUUCACAAUGGUACUGUACGCUCGCCGGAGGUGGUGCAAAAGGAGGCGGGUCCCUCAGAAGAGUGCCAGCACAGAGGCCACACACGAAAUUCAUUACAUCCCAUCCGUGCUGCUGGGACCACAGGCCAGGGACAGCUUUCGUAACUCUCGGAUACAGGCCCAUAAUUCAGUGGUCGGAAUGCCAAUCCGAGAGACGCCCAUUUUGGAUGAUUAUGACUGUGAUGAAGAGGAAAACCAGCUUCGGCCUGAAGCACGCAACCGAGAAGAUGACUUUGGAAGUCAGGUGACCCGGACGUUAGAGAGCCUGGGGCGAGCGGAAGAGGACAAACCAAGUUUUGCAGCCGCUGAUGUGACUCAAGAUACAGUGCAGUCAUUGAUGCAGAAGUUCAAGGAGAGUUUUCGAACAAACACGCCAAUUGAGAUCUCGCACCUCCAGCAGGCACCCCGCAGCACAUCCACAGGACGAAAGAAGGGAAGGAGGAAUAAAAGUAGAGGCAUCAGUGGAAUUCUACGAGCAGAAGAAGAUUCUGGUACAGAAGCAGAUGAUGAAACACAUCUCACUUUUCACUCAGAACACAGAGGCAGGCGAAGAAGCAAAGGUUCUCCCAGGAGCCCUUUGAAUAGAACUGCUCUCACUUUAAUCACGGUGUGCAGCUGUGUCCUAACGGUGGUAUAUGGAGGUCACUUGACAUGCCCCCUGAUGGUGAAGGUGACCUUACAUGUCCCUGAACACUUCAUUGCUGAUGGGAGCAGUUUUGUUGUCAGUGAGGGAAGCUUUCUGGAUGUGUCAGAUUGGUUAAAUCCUGCCAAGUUAUCGCUGUUCUAUCAAAUCAACUCCACAUCUCCAUGGACAAGAGACCUUUGUGGGCAAAGGACAUUAGAGCCAUGUGAACAUCUUUGCGACGAGGAAACGGGUGAAUGUGGCUGUCAUGAUGGUUUCUCUCCAGAUCCCAUUCACAAACAUCUUUGCGUCAGAAGUGACUGGGGACAAAAUGAAGGGUUAGUUCGACCAUGGCCAUAUACAACAUUGGAAAGAGGUUAUGACCUUGUGACAGGGGACCAGGCACCAGAAAAAAUAUUCAGAUCUACCUACAGUCUGGGUCAAGGUUUAUGGCUGCCAGUUAGUAAAAGUUUUGUUGUGCCUCCAGUGGAGCUGUCCAUCAGGCCAUUAGCCAGCUGCAAGACCGAUGUCCUAGUAACAGAGGACACUGGAGAGGUCAGGGAGGAAGCUCUGCGAUCUACAUACUUUGAAACGCCAGACGAUCUCUUGUCCUCAUUUGGCCCUGUGCGUGACUGCUCCCGGGAUAAUGGAGGUUGCACGAGAAAUUAUCGUUGUGUGACUGAUCGAAAGAUUGACACCACAGGAUGUAUGUGUCCUGUGGGCCUGAGGCCUAUGAGGGAUGAUUCUGGCUGUUUUGACUACACCAAAGGAAUUGACUGUUCUGAUGGGUUUAAUGGAGGUUGUGAGCAACUUUGCUUACAACAGACAGUGCCAUUGACUGAAGACCCUUCCUCCAAUAAUAUCCUUAUGUUCUGCGGCUGUGUGGAGGAGUACAGACUGGCAGCAGAUGGUAAAUCUUGUGUGCUGCUAUCAGAGACAUGUGAGGGCACAAAAUGCCAGAAGCUUGAUGCCAAACUGAAUGACACGCUCUUUGUAGAGAUGCUGCACGGUUACAACAACAAAUCGCAGCAGGUCAAUCAGGGUCAGGUGUUCCAGAUGACCUUUCGGGAGAAUAAUUUUGUGAAGGAUUUCCCUCAAAUUGCUGACGGGUUAGUUGUCAUUCCCCUUCCUGUGGAAGAACAGUGUCGGGGAGUUCUUUCCGAGCCAUUGCCCAACCUCCAGCUCCUCACAGGUGAUGCAAAAUAUAGUGAGGCUACUGGCUAUCCCAUGGUGCAGGAGUGGAGAGUUCGAAGCAAUCUCUACAAGGUUAAGCUCAGUUCAGUAACACAAUCUGCAGGUUUUUCCAAUAUGCUGAAAAUGCUGAAGGGAGAGAGUAGCAGAGAGGAUCUGAUUUCUGUCAUCCAGCAGUAUGGCAGCCAUUAUAUAGCUGAGGCUCUCUAUGGCUCAGAACUCACAUGCAAAAUACACUUUCCAAGCAAGAAGGUCCAGCAACAGCUUUGGCUCCAGUAUCAGAAAGAAACAACUGAAUUGGGGAACAAGAAGGAACUCAAAUCGAUACCAUUUAUUUCAUAUCUCUCAAGUUUACUGGGUGCCCAGAUGCUAUCAGAUGAACAGCCAAUUACUGGCGUGGAGAUUGAGUGCGAAGAGAAAGGGCAAUGCCCCUCCAUUUGCCAUCUUUGCCAUCGUCAAGGCAAGGAUCAGGCCAGUCCAACACCUGUGCUGCUGGAGAUCACCAGUAUAGUGCCACUGUACCACUUAAUAGAGGGCAACUUGACUAGACAGAGCUUCAAGACUGCGCUAAUGAGCUCCUAUUGGUGUUUGGGGAAGGGUGAUGUCAUUGAUGACUGGUGCAGAUGUGACUUGAGUGCAUUUGAUGAGGAUGGACUCCCAAGCUGCAGCCCAUUACCUCAGCCUGUGUUGAGACUUUCUACAAGUGUAGAACCAUCAAGUACAAUGAUAGGCUUGGAAUGGCAGGAUGCCCAGCCUCUGAUAGGAACCAAGAUAGCUGACUACAUCAUUCACUAUAAGAAACUGGAUGAUUAUAUCGACCCAAAUCUUUAUGCAGGGGAAUCUCUGAGCUUUGCAGAUGACCUUCUUUCAGGGUUGGGAUCUUCCUGUGUCGUAGUGGGGAAAAACCAUGGGGUUGCCUCGGAGACGACGACGUAUUCCUUAAUUUUCAAGUGCCUGGAACCAGACAGCUUUUACAAGUUUACGUUGUACGCUUUGGACAGUAGAGGGCGACGUUCUGAGCCAAGCACUGUCACCAUGAGAACCUCCUGCCCUCUCAUUGAUGACAUCAAGGCAGAAGAAAUAGCAGAGAUGAUCUACAGCCUAUUUAAUGGCUACACCAGUGGGAAGGAACAGCAAACUGCCUACAACAUACUGAUGGAGAUCUCCUCCCCCAUGGUUUACCGAGUGAUACAUCACUAUAACUCUCACUAUGAAAAAUUUGGAGACUUCAGGUGGCGUAGUGAAGAUGAACUUGGUCCAAGAUCUCCUUGCAGGAAACCAGCAUCCUUUCUCCAGGAGAGGCACAUUUUUCAUAUGACUGCUGUAUAUUAUCUGAAGUGCUGGAUGAAUAAUAUGCAGUUUCUAAAUCAUGAAUGGAAAUGUGCAGUUACUCAAGCAUGA